AUGGCGUUGGGGACACAAGGCGCCGAGGAGCUCAAGGUGCUGGAGCACGAUGCUACCGAGGCAACUGUAUGCGGCCUCCUCACCGGCGUCUUUGGCGGAGAGGCCCGCUCCUACACCGCCUCCUCCUCGUCGGAGCUGAGCGCAGCGAGCAAGGUGGGCUUGUGGCCGGCGGAGCGGGCCUUGGCCUUUGCCCUGGCAAAGCAGCGUGCGGCGGCGGAGCUUGUCGAUGGCUCAUUGGAGCCCUCGAUGCGGCCCUGCAGGCGGAGGGGCUUCACGCCAAAGCCGCCCAUGGGCCAUGGACCAGUUAUGUUGACAAGGAUGAAUGACCCAGUUCAAGCAAGUCUUCACCGACUACAGGUGGAAGACAGAGACUACAAGUGGAAGACAGAGGCUCAAUCAUAUAUGUUGUGCACAUCGCAUUGA